AUGUCCAGCAACAGACACAGCUCCAACAAUGGGGACACCCCCCCUCGCCGUCUCUCCCCAGGAAUUAUAAACGGCUUCUCCGCCCUAGACGCAUACUGGCACAUGAACCGCAAUGCCGCUGCCAAUAACGCAGCCUUUACCGGCAACGCCAACAACGGCGCAGGUUUCUCAGGCCCAACUUACGCCAACGGCGGCGGCUCCACUUACGGCGGCGGUUCAACUAACAUCCCCUUCCGUCCAGCCAACGGCGUGAAUGGAACAAAUGGAACAAACGGGAACAGACAGCAGAGCCCCCUGACUCCAAUGCGUCCUGCCCCUCGCAGUCCACCCUUCACCCACGCUGGAUUUGGUAGAGGCGCCCCUGGACCUGGACCGACGAACGGUAUCAAUGGAUACGGUAGAGGCGGUUCGUCCAACGGCGGUGGAGGAGCCUUCAUGUCUGGCGCAAAUGGUCCCCGUGCAAGCGAUGCGUACCGGGACAGCCCCGCAGCUCUGUUUGGCGUACCAGGCGGCUAUGGACGGGGUGGCGGUGGUUCUUCCACCCAGAAUGGGAUGACCAACGGCCAUACCAACGGCUACACCAAUGGCUAUGGUAGUGAUAGUUCGAAUGGCAGCCCUACGCGUAGUCCCAAUGGUCGGGGCCGUGGACGUGGGAAUGGGUAUGGUCCCUAUGGACCCUACGGCCGCGGUGGUGGCGGUGUUGGCGGCGGCCGGGGUGGUCAUUCUGGCGGCUUUUCCUACUAG